UACUUUUCCAUGCUUACAACCUUCCCGCUAAACGAGGAAAAAGUUUCAUUUGUUUCCGUAGCCCAAAAGCCAAAACAAUUGAAACAAUCCAAAAUCAGCAAUGUCGGAGAUGAGCAAACGUUUCCAGUACUUCUAAUGGUUGAAAUUCAGCGAAAGAGACUAUGGAGCAGCCUCUUUGCUGCAUAUUUCACGAGUUUCAAAGAGUUGCAUCAUCUCAUCCUGAAAAAAUCGCUGCAAUUCAUGCCUCCGGUGGAGUUCAACUUCUCCGCCAGUUAGACGGCGGAGGCGAAGCUGAUGAUUUCUUCAAGGGGCGGGCCAUAUCCGCUUUCCCUCCCAUGUACGAAGGGGACCAGUGCUUCACUUACUCGCAGCUGUUGGCCUCCAUUGAUUCUCUCAGCUCCCGCCUUCUUGCAAUCCUUCGUGAUCCUCAAUUAAACGCGCCCACUGCUCCUCACCCAGAGAAUGAUCAGCCGGCAAAGACUGGUUCAGUGGCCAGUGAAUUAUCUGAAGCAUCGACUGAGCUUGAAAGCAGCAAUAUACCGAAAAUAUUUGGAAUAUAUAUGCCACCUUCAGUUGAAUACAUAAUUUCUGUUCUUUCUGUACUGAGAUGCGGAGGGGCUUUUAUGCCAUUAGAUCCUGCAUGGCCUAAAAGGAGGAUUCUGUCAGUUGUUUCUUCAUCGAAUAUUGAUCUUAUUAUCUACUCUAGGUCUUCAUUUUGUGAAAAUGGCUAUCAUGUGACUGAGGGAUUUCGUUGGCUUGAGCAAAUCAGUGGUUGUUCAACCCUUUGUUUUACUAUGGAAGAAAGUUCAGUUCAAGAGCACAAUAGUGCGGUUGAUUUAGUUUUUCCUUGUGAGCAUGAGAAAGGGAGGUUGUUUUGUUACGUUAUGUAUACAUCUGGAUCUACUGGAAAGCCUAAAGGCAUAUGUGGCACUGAACAAGGUCUUCUAAAUCGCUUUCAAUGGAUGCAAGAAAACUUUCCUUGUAGCAGAGAGGAACUUUUAUUGUUCAAGACAUCUAUUAGCUUUAUUGAUCACAUUCAAGAAUUUCUUAGUGCUAUAUUAACAUCUUCUGCCUUGGUUAUACCUCCAAUGAAAGAGCUGAAGGAAAAUUUGUGUUCUGUUGUCAAUUUUAUUCAGGCGUAUUCUAUUAGUAAGCUUACUGCUGUUCCAUCACUAAUGAGGGCGCUCCUUCCUGCAUUGCAAAGACUGUGUGUGAUGCAGAACAAAUGUUCCCUAAGAUUGUUGAUUCUGAGUGGGGAAAGUUUGCCAAUACUGUUAUGGAAUGCACUUGUCAAGCUAUUACCAGACACCACUAUUUUGAAUUUGUAUGGUAGUACUGAGGUAUCUGGUGAUUGUACAUAUUUCGAUUGCAAGAGAAUGGCAAUGAUUAUGGAGACAGAAGCAAUCAAUACCGUUCCAAUUGGUGUGCCGAUUUCUCACUGUGAUGUUGUGGUUGUUGGUGACAAUGAUGUACUGAACCAGGGAGAACUGUGUGUUGGUGGUCCCUGUGUAUGCAGUGGAUAUUAUUCAGAUUCUGCUUUUCUCCCGUUGGAUGGUGUAAAGUUUUCUCAGGACUUUGUUCAUGGAGGAUCAUUUAAUGCAAACAGUAGUCAAAUUUAUAUCAGGACUGGUGAUUUUGUCCGACAGCUUCAAAGUGGUGACUUGGUGUUCUUGGGGAGAAAAGAUCGUAGUAUCAAAGUUAAUGGGCAACGUAUUGCUUUAGAAGAGAUUGAGGAUGCUUUAAGGGAACAUCCGGAUGUAGUAAAUGCAGCUGUUGUUUCCAGGAGAAGUGAUUGGGAACUUGAGUAUCUAGUGGCGUAUCUAGUUUUAAAAGAUAACAAGAAAAGUGAAAUAUUCAGAUCCACUGUCAGAAGUUGGAUGGUGGAAAAAGUUCCAUUGGCCAUGAUUCCAAACAGCUUUUUCUUCAUUGACUCAAUUCCUAUGUCAGCCAGUGGAAAAGUUGAUUAUGAGAUCUUGAUGCAUUCAAGACCUCUUCGGGAGCAUCUGCAUGAAAAUAUUGAUGAAACUUGCACAAAUGACUUCAUUCAAAUCAUUAAAAAGGUCUUCUCUGAUGCUUUAAUGGUUGAAGAGAUAUCUAGUGAUGAUGACUUCUUUACGAUGGGUGGUAACUCUAUAACUGCAGCGCAUGUGUCACAUAGAUUAGGGGUUGAUAUGAGAUGGCUGUAUCACUAUCCAAGUCCAGCAGAGCUUCUUAUGUUUAUUCUUGAGAAGAAAGGAUCAGAUAUCAUAGAUAUCAAUGGCAAUACUGAUGAAAGAAAGAACCUGAAAACUGAUGGGUGGAACAAAUAUUCUUCGGAUGAUUCUGAGUUUCUGAACCGGUUUGAUCUUAAAGAGGGUGGGAAUUCUGGAAAAAGGAAACAAGUUCAACCAAAUGAUGGUUUUUCAAGGGCAGUCAUACCAAGGAAUAACAAAUCUUUAUUGUCGAAACACUAUAAGGUGGUUUCUGAUUUUUCAAACAAUUUGGAGGAUAUAAGUCAAGUUGGUGGGCACCUGUGGAAUUCUCCUUUAACAUCUGUGUCAUGUGCAUUCAGUCGAUGCAACAAGGUUGUGUAUGAACACAAGUAUGUUGGUGGUAAUGAAUGUGCAGAAACUUUGUCGAUAAAGUUCCCAAGAGGUGAAAAUGGUUCUAUGAAAAAACUAUGGCAAGUUCAUAUGGAGUCUUGCGUAGAUGCUUCACCACUUCUUGUGUUUAAACACCCCAAUAUCUACUUGUUUAUUGGUUCUCACUCACAUAAGUUUGUCUGCGUGGAUGCGAAAAAUGCUUCUCUUCAAUGGGAGAUAAGGCUAGAAGGACGAAUUGAAUGUUCCACAGCAAUUGUUGGGGACUUUUCUCAGGUUGUAGUAGGAUGCUACAAAGGGAAGAUAUAUUUUCUCGAGUUUUCCACUGGCAUUAUCCAAUGGACAUUCCAAACAUCUGGCGAGGUAAAAUCGCAGCCAGUGGUUGACCCAGAUAGAAAUUUGAUCUGGUGUGGAUCAUAUGACCAUAACUUAUAUGCACUUGACUACGUGAGGCAUUCUUGUGUUUACAAACUUCCAUGUGGAGGAAGUUUAUAUGGAUCACCUGCAAUUGAUGGGGUUCAACAUAGACUUUAUGUGGCUUCAACCAGUGGACGAAUGACUGCUCUAUUGAUAAAGGAUUUUCCUUUCAAUUCUUUGUGGCAUUAUGAUCUAGGAGCGCCAGUCUUUGGGUCCCUUGCAAUUGAUCCACUUACUAGAAAUGUUAUUUGUUGCCUGGUGGAUGGUCAUGUUGUUGCGUUGGAUUCUAGUGGAUCUGUUUCGUGGAAGUGUACAACUGGUGGCCCUAUAUUUGCUGGACCCUGCAUAUCCACUGCCAUUCCUUCGCAGGUUCUCGUAUGUUCCAGAAAUGGAAGCGUUUAUUCUUUUGAACUGGAAAGUGGAGAUUUAGUGUGGGAGUACAACAUCGGGAAUCCAAUAACUGCAUCUGCUUGUGUUGAUGAUCACCUGCAAUUUGUACCUGAAACUUCCAUCUCCAAGGACAGGCUGAUUUGUGUUUGCUCCAGUUCUGGAACCAUCCAUUUGCUUCGAGUAAAGUUGUAUGGAACACAGGAGGGAAAUUACCAAAACACAAAUGUGGAAGAAUUUUGUAGGGUGGAUCUCGAAGGAGACAUAUUUUCCUCACCUGUUAUGAUAGGUGGACGUAUUUUCGUCGGUUGUCGAGAUGACUAUGUGCACUGUGUUGCAAUCGGUAACCUUAACACCGGAGGAAAUAGUAAUUCAUUUUAACUAAACUUUUGCCAUUUUUAUCCGACAUACUCUCAUUGUUCAGGAAGAAAUAGGGAAAUGCUUAGUAGCAUAAAAAAAAAUUCAUCUUUCACAAAUAGCACUUUUUUUGGUCAAUUAUUUUAAUGGCUCAUCUGAAAUUGAGAUCAAAUAAAAAAUUUACCUUCUUUUAAUGAAGCAUUCAAACCACCAAUUUUGUUGGCUUUGUCGAUGGAAUCUCAGUCAAGGCGAAUACCCAGACUUUUAUUUUGUAUGUAUUCCUAAAUAAUCUUCUAAAAUAUUGUGUCUAAUCUUUCUCAAAUUCUAAUGCAAAUCUUCAAUUCAAUUUGAUUCCCUUCUCGUCACUGACUCUUUUUUAUUUCGCUAUUUUAAUAUCUCAAAUAAUCUUGCGUAAGAUUUGGGAAGAUUACUAUCUAUCUCGAGCUUCAUCCUAGUUGGGUUUCUAUUAAGCUAAAAAAAAUAGUUUGUUUUGAUGCUUUUUUAAAAGAAGUUAAGUUUUAUUUUGGUCUCGGUAUCAAUCUUGAUUGAGAUGCACUAGGACGAGCCGUUAAAAUAAUUGGCCACCAAGGGUGCUAUUUGUGAAAGAUAACUUUUUUAAUGCUAUUUUUUACCAUUUCCCGAAGAAA